CAGCGGCGGCCGCUUCCAGCGGGGGCAGCUCCGGGCAGCGGGGCGGCCGUGAGCCUCCCUCCUCCUUCUCCUCCUCCUCCUCCUCCUCCUCCUCCGCCCGCCGCGAGCCCCGCGCCCAGCCCGCCGCGCAGCGCCGCGCAGCCCCCGCGCCCAGCCGCCCUCCGCACCCGAGCCAGGAGCGGGCGCAGCGCUGCGCGCAGGCGGCCGGCGCGACCCCUGCGGGAGGCGCGGCGGGGCGCGGCGGUGUGAGGGGCGCAGCCGGCGGCGGAGGGAAGUCCCAGCGCCCGGGAGGCAGCCGGGAGCUCCUGCACACGGCAAGGAGACUACCUUCUCAGAACCAGGAUCUCUCUUGGACAUUUCAAAGAACUACACACAGGACCUACUUUCUUCUUGAGGGACCUAAGAUACUGUGUUUUGACUUUUAAGCCACCCCUAGUAUACGGAUGUGGACUUCAGGUAGAAUGAGCAAUGCAAAGAACUUGCUUGGACUUGGCAUCUCCUUGUAUUUUUGGGGACUGCUGGACCUUACUACAACUGUGCUGUCAGGAAGUGCCAGGCCCCUCACUGAAGGGCAAGAAGACAACCUGUCAGACAAGCUGCAUCAGCGUAUGAAGCGGAGCUGGGUGUGGAACCAGUUCUUCGUUCUGGAGGAGUACACAGGAACUGACCCUCUCUACGUGGGGAAGCUCCACUCUGACAUGGACAGGGGAGACGGUUCAAUCAAAUACAUCCUUUCAGGAGAGGGAGCUGGCAUUGUGUUUACAAUCGAUGACACGACGGGGGACAUUCAUGCCAUUCAGCGACUGGACCGGGAAGAACGAUCACAGUACACCCUCAGAGCACAGGCCCUGGACAGGCGAACUGGCCGGCCGAUGGAGCCAGAGUCAGAGUUCAUCAUCAAAAUCCAAGACAUCAAUGACAAUGAACCCAAGUUCCUGGAUGGACCUUACAUAGCCUCUGUUCCAGAAAUGUCACCUGUGGGCACCUCUGUUAUCCAGGUGACAGCGACAGAUGCUGAUGACCCAACCUAUGGGAACAGUGCAAGAGUAGUGUACAGUAUUCUCCAAGGACAACCGUAUUUCUCUGUGGACUCUCGGACAGGCUUAAUUAGAACAGCUCUAAUGAACAUGGACCGAGAAGCAAAAGAAUACUAUGAAGUGAUUAUCCAGGCCAAGGAUAUGGGUGGACAGCUGGGAGGAUUAGCUGGAACAACCACAGUUAACAUCACCCUCUCUGAUGUCAACGACAAUCCACCCAGAUUCCCACAGAAGCAUUAUCAGAUGAGUGUGCUGGAGUCUGCCCCCAUCAGCUCCACUGUGGGCCGUGUGGUUGCUAAAGACCUGGAUGAAGGCAUUAAUGCAGAGAUGAAAUACAGCCUUGUGGAUGGAGAUGGACUGGAUGUCUUUGAUAUUAACACUGAUCCUAAUUACCAAGUGGGCAUCAUAACUGUAAGAAAGCCUUUAAGUUUUGAGAGCAAGAAAAGCUACACGUUGAAAGUAGAGGGUGCCAACCCCCACCUGGAAAUGCGGUUCCUGAACCUGGGUCCCUUCCGCGACACCACCACCGUCCACAUCAGCGUGGAAGAUGUGGACGAACCUCCUGUGUUCGAGCCCAGCUUCUACUUUGUGGAAGUGCCCGAGGAUGUGGAGAUUGGAACCACCAUACAGAUCAUUUCUGCCAAGGACCCAGAUGUGACCAACAACUCCAUCAGAUACUCGAUUGACAGGAGCAGUGAUCCGGGGCGGUUCUUUUAUGUCGACAUUACAUCAGGAGCACUGAUGACUGCAAGACCUCUUGACCGGGAGGACGUUUCUUGGCACAACAUCACUGUGCUGGCCAUGGAGCUGAACAACCCAUCCCAGGUGGGCAGUGUCUCCGUGACCGUGAAAGUCCUGGAUGUGAAUGACAACGCCCCAGAGUUUGCAAGGUUUUAUGAAGCUUUUGUUUGUGAAAACGCCAAAGCCGGGCAGCUGAUCCAGACAGUGAGUGCCAUUGACAGGGACGACCCACAGGAGGGUCAGCACUUCUACUACAGCCUGGCUCCGGAGGCAGCCAACAACCCCAACUUUACUCUAAGGGACAAUCAAGACAAUACAGCAUGGAUUUUGACGAGGCGUUCUGGCUUCAGGCAACACGAGCAGAACACCUUUUACCUCCCCAUCUUGAUCAGUGACAAUGGCCGCCCAGUGCUGAGCAGCACAGGCACACUGACCGUGCACGUGUGCAGCUGUGACGAUGACGGCAUGGUGAUGUCCUGCAACGCAGAGGCCUAUGUCCUCCCUGUCAGCCUGAGCAGAGGGGCACUCAUUGCGAUCCUUGCCUGCAUCUUUGUCCUGCUAGUGCUUGUGCUCCUCAUCCUCUCUAUGCGCCGCCAGCGGAAGCAGCCAUACAUCAUUGAUGAGGAGGAGAACAUCCAUGAGAACAUCGUCAGGUACGAUGAUGAAGGUGGUGGGGAGGAGGACACAGAGGCCUUCGAUAUCGCUGCCAUGUGGAACCCGCGGGAGGCCCAGCUGGUGGUGAAAAACCGGCAAGACAUGCUCCCUGAAAUAGAGAGCCUCUCCCGAUACGUGCCUCAGGCGUGCGUCAUGGACAACAACGUCCACAACUACGUGCUCGCCAAGCUGUACGAAGCUGACAUGGACUUGUGGGCACCUCCCUUUGACUCCCUUCAGACGUACAUGUUUGAAGGGAACGGCUCGGUGGCGGAGUCACUCAGCUCCCUACAGUCAGUGACGACAGACUCAGACCAGAGCUACGACUACCUGACGGACUGGGGGCCGCGCUUCAAAAAGCUGGCCGAGAUGUACGGUGCCACGGACAGCAGCGGGGCUCUGUGGUAA